GUUCGAGUGGAAGGCUUUAACUACAUCGGCAUGGGCAAUUCCACCAACAAGAAAGAUGCGCAGAGCAACGCUGCUCGAGACUUUGUCAAUUACUUGGUUCGGAUGAAUGAAAUGAAGAGAGAUGAAAUUCCUGCUUUUGGACUAGCAGCUGGUGAUACCCUUGAUGGACAUGAAGCAGCUAGAGAUGUUACUGGUUCCAGUUCUACUUUGGGUGGACCUCUUCCUCCACAUUUGAUUAUAGAGGCUGAAACAGGUGCAGCACCGGGGAACUGUGGCAGUCACGGAGCUCAGUGGGAUCGGGGUGCAAAUUUGAAAGAUUACUAUUCAAAGAGAGAGGAGCAAGAAGUGCAGGCAACCUCAGAAUCAGAAGUGGACUUAAAUGCUGAUCUUCACGGGAGUUGGACUUUGGAAAAUGCCAAGGCCCGUCUGAACCAGUUUUUCCAAAAGGAGAAGAUUCAGGAAGAAUAUAAAUACACUGAAAUGGGGCCUGAUCACAACAGGAGCUUUAUCGCAGAAAUGAACAUUUACGUGAAGCAGCUGGGCAGAAGGAUUUUCAGUCGUGAACAUGGAUCAAACAAAAAGCUGGCAGCACAGUCCUGUGCCCUUUCCUUGGUUAGACAGCUCUACCAUCUUGGUGUCAUAGAACCUUAUUCUGGACAGACAAAGAAAAAAGGAGAAUCGGUGGAACCCUAUGAGGUGUCACUGUCUUCUGACUUAGAAAAUCAGCUGCAAAAGACUGUACGGGAACUGUCUCUGGAGAUUGUGCCUUUGCCUGAAGAUCCCAGUAAUCCGGUUCUGAUUAACGUUGGAAAGUUGGCCCAUUUUGAACCGUCACAGAGACAAAGUCGUAUGGAAGUUGUUCCAUGGUCACCUCCUCAUUCCAACUGGAACCCUUGGACCAGCUGCAAUAUUGAUGAGGGCCCGCUGGCAAAUCUCAGUCCAGAGCAAAUAAGCAUGGAUUUGAAAAGUGAUUUGAUGUACCGUUUGGAGCAGGAUCAAGAAUUACAAAGGAUCCAACAAGAGAGAGAGGCCUUACCUGUGAAGAAUUUUGAAAGUGAAAUUCUGGAUGCAAUCCGGCACAAUUCUGUUGUUGUAAUUCGUGGGGCCACUGGUUGUGGCAAAACCACACAAGUGCCACAGUACAUCCUGGAUGAACACAUCAAAACCAACAGAGCUGCAGAGUGCAACAUAGUAGUGACACAGCCUCGGAGGAUUAGUGCAGUUUCUGUAGCAGAGCGUGUGUCAUAUGAGAGAGGAGAACAACCUGGGCAAAGCUGUGGAUACAGCGUGCGAUUUGAGUCUGUGCUUCCUCGGCCGCAUGCCAGUGUGAUGUUCUGCACUGUCGGUGUUCUUCUGAGAAAGGUGGAGGCUGGGAUCCGUGGCAUUAGUCAUGUUAUUGUUGAUGAGAUCCAUGAGAGAGACAUUAAUACUGACUUUCUCUUGGUGGUGCUGAGAGAUGUAGUUCAGGCAUAUCCUGAAAUCAGGGUUAUCCUCAUGUCUGCCACCAUCGAUACUACUAUGUUUUGUGAAUACUUCUUCAACUGUCCUAUCGUUGAGGUCUUUGGUAGAACCUACCCUGUCCAAGAUUAUUUUCUGGAAGAUUGCAUUCAAAUGACUCAGUUCAUUCCUCCACCAAAGGAAAAGAAAAAGAAAGAGAAGGAUGAAGAAAGUGGUGAAGAUGAUGAUGCCAAUUGCAACCUUAUUUGCAGUGAUGAAUAUGGCCCAGAAACAAAGCACUCCAUGGCUCAGCUGAAUGAGAAAGAAACUUCUUUUGAACUCAUUGAGGCCCUGCUCAUUUAUAUCAAGACUCUGAAUGUCCCAGGAGCUGUACUUGUUUUCUUGCCUGGCUGGAACUUGAUAUAUACGAUGCAGAAGCAUCUAGAAAUGAAUCCACGCUUUGGAGGCCACCAGUACAGAAUUUUACCUCUGCAUUCGCAAAUUCCUCUGGAGGAACAACGUCGAGUGUUUGAUCCUGUGCCUCCUGGAGUAACCAAAGUUAUUUUAUCUACCAGCAUUGCUGAGACUAGCAUUACCAUCAAUGAUGUGGUCUAUGUUAUAGAUUCCUGCAAACAAAAAGUGAAGCUGUUCACCACUCAUAAUAACAUGACAAACUAUGCCACAGUCUGGGCAUCGAAAACUAACUUGGAGCAGCGGAAAGGUAGAGCUGGACGUGUGCGUGCUGGAUUUUGUUUCCAUUUGUGCAGCAGAGCUCGAUUUGAAAG